AUGGGAAAGCAAGUCGACCUGAACGAGCUCAAGAACCACAAGUCUGAGGAUUCGGCUUGGGUUGUUGUAGAGGGGAAGGUCUACGAUGUCACUGGAUUCCUUGACGACCAUCCAGGAGGAAAGAAGAUUUUGCUCAAGAACUGUGGCAAGGACGCCACAGAGGCUUUCUGGACCUACCACAGCGAGAAGAUCCUCGAAAAGGUCGCCCAGGAGUACCACAUUGGCGAACUCAAGGACUCCGCUAAGCUCUAA